AUGGCGAGUCCAAUUCACCAGGCGCUCGAGGCCUUGGUUCCCCGGCAAUCAACGCCUACGUUCGAAUUCCCCCUCCACACAAGAGGCCCUACCAAUGCGCCUCGAAUUCUCGCCAUUGUGGGUUUUUUGACGGGUCUAUCGGCCUUGUUGGUUGUGCUGCGCUACUACGUGCGAUUGUUCAUUCUGCGAAGAUUUGACAUUGAAGAUGGGAUCAUUCUUAUAGCCCAGGCAUGCGCUUUUGGUGUCCUGGCAUGCUUCAUUGGAGAGACGCACUACGGACUGGGCCAUUACAGCAGUGAUAUUGGGUUGAAGGACUUUGGACCGUUGGCCAAGUGGACAUUUUUCCAUGCGAUUGUCAUUGUGCUGGGGAUAAGCUCAGUUAAGAUAUCGCUUGCUUUCUUUCUGCUGCGGUUCGCGACGCAGAAUAAGUUUAUCAAAAGGUUCAUCAUCGGGGCGCUGGUCUUCCUCAUACUUUUCACAAUUGCCUGUGUCCUAACACUGAUAUUCCAAUGCUUGCCCGUCAGUGCAGCGUGGGAUUAUGCCCAAAAGGCCACAGCAACGUGUUAUUCAACCAAAACAUACCUAGCUAUUGGUGAAUUCAACAGUGCUAUCAAUAUUGUUACUGACUUUGUUUUUGCAACUCUGCCGGUUUUCAUGUUCUAUAAUAUCCAAGUCAACAGGCGCACUAGAGCCUCCUUAAUGGGGAUUCUUAGUCUUGGGUACUUUGCCUGCGCCGCAGCUAUCGCCAAAACAGUUUACCAAAGUCGGGUGUUCGAGGACAAAGAUGCAUGGCGCGUUGAGCUCAACGUUGGCAUCGUAGCCGCCUGUUUCCCCACGAUCAAACCACUCGUCAAGUCUGUCAUCGGAAGCACCUGGAGUUUGGCCAGCAACUCCCGCUCCCGAAAGCGAACAAACAACGCUUACUACGGACAGUCGUCGAGCCAUGCAUUGGGCUCCAUGAGACGCAGCCGGUUAGAGCAUGAAGCACAGAAGUACAAUGUGCAUAUCGAUGCUGUUCGAACAUCCCUGUCAGCGUCCGAGGGGGGAAGCGAGGAGAACUUGGCAUCUCAUCCGCGUCUUCAGCGUCUUUCAUCCCAGAGAAUAUUGCGCACGACAGAAGUAAUUGUGCACACAGAGGGUGGAAGCGAUGCGGUUGGGCCUGGUAUAGGGCCCAAACAGACAGUGGACGACCGAGUAUAG